AUGGCUGCGAAAGGCAUUCACAGCUUGAGAUUUAAUCAGGAUCAAGGAUGCUUUACUUGUUGCAUGGAAUCUGGACUGAGAAUCUAUAAUGUUGAACCAUUGGUGGAGAAGGCACACUUUGAUAACGAAUUCAUGGGAAGCAUCUCUAUGGCAGAGAUGCUCUGGAGGACAAAUGUAAUUGCCGUAGUAGGUGGUGGAAACCGUGCUAAAUUCGCUGAUAACACUGUCUUAAUCUACGACGACUUGUCAAAAAAAUUUGUUAUGGAAGUCACUUUUACCAGUUUAAUCAAAGCAGUCAGGUUGCGAAGAGAUAAAAUGGUGGUAGCAUUACAACGAGAGAUUCAUGUUUUUUCAUUUCCCACGCCUAUUCGAAGGCUGUUAACGCUCGAAACUAGAGAUAAUCCGAUGGGUUUGAUGGAAAUUGCGACGUUUGCGACAGCACAGCGGCAACUACUGGCUUUUCCAGGUCACAAACUAGGCAGUGUACAAUUGGUGGAUCUCGCAGCCACCGAGGCUGGAAGUUCCAGUGCUCCUAUUACUCUCUCUGCACAUCAGGGUGCACUGGCAUGUCUGGCAGUUAAUGGAAAUGGGACCAUGAUUGCUACUGCAUCAGUUCAAGGAACUUUGAUCAGAGUCUGGGAUUCUGUGCGCAGGAGUUUAUUAGUUGAAUUGAGACGCGGUGCAGAUCCUGCUACGCUCUAUUGUAUAACUUUUAGCAGAGAUUCGGAAUUUUUAUGUGUCUCGAGCGAUAAAGGAACAGUACACAUAUUCGCUUUAAAGAAUACUAACUUGAAUCGACGAUCCACUUUUUCGAAUAUGGGUGGUUUUCUUGGUAAUUAUGUCGAGAGUCAAUGGGCACUAGCUACUUUCACGGUACCUCCAGAGUGCGCGUGCGUUUGCGCGUUUGGCACGCACAAUUCUGUGAUAGCUGUAUGUAUGGAUGGAACAUUUCACAAGUAUAUUUUUACUGCAGAAGGCAAUUGCAAUCGACAAGCAUUCGAUGUCUUUCUCGACGUGUGCGACGAUGAUGAUUUUUAACACAAGGCCUAUCAUACAUUUAUGAAUAAAUACAAGAUUUUAUUGUUGUUAUAUAUAAAACAGUACUGCAACGAAAUUUCUCUAGUCGGUUCGAGAACGAAAUUUCUUGUAUGUGAUAAUUGUACAGGUACAGGUAAUUGAGUCAAUUAUGCAAAAAGUACAUAAGUCGUGAAAAAAUUGAUGUCCCAUUUGUGGUUUUCAACUUUUUUAUGAUAUACAUGCACUUCGCAUAAUUAAUCAUAGUUGUAAUAAAUAUUAAUAGACA